AUGAAAAUUCAAAGAGCACACAAAAAUAAGAAUGGUCAAACUUUAUUUUUUUCAUGUGUGACAUUAUCAUCCAAUGACCAUUUUCAAGAUGUUCGUCAUAUUGAAUUAGAAGUUAAUGAUUCGGAAUUAAAGUAUCAACCAGGUGAUGUUGUAAUUAUUCAUCCAAAGAAUUCGGUUAAAGAAGUGGAUGAAUUCAUUAAAAUGAUGGAUUGGUCUGAUAUUGCAGAUGAUCCUUUUAUUCUGAUUCCUAAUGAUGAAGAUAAAAUAAUACCUUCACAUUGGGGCACAUCUCUGACAUUAAGAAAAAUGUUUGAGGAAUAUUUAGACAUAUUUAGUACACCGCGUAGAUCAUUCUUUGAUUUCCUAUCAUUUUUUACUACAGAUGCGGAUCACACUGAAAAAUUAAAAGAGUUUUGUAGUGCUGAAGGACAGGAUGAUUUGUAUGCAUAUAGUCAACGUGUUCGCAGGACAAUAGUAGAAGUGCUUUAUGAUUUUUCAUCAGCAAAAAUACCAAUUGAUUAUAUACCUGAUAUAUUUCCAGAAUUACUACCUAGACAAUUUUCCAUCUCAUCAUCAUUAAAAUUUCACCCAAAGAAAAUUCAUUUAACAGUUGCCAUUGUCAAUUAUAAAACUAGAUUGCAGAAACCACGUCAAGGUGUCUGUACUAAAUGGCUAUCCACUUUGGAAUUGGAAACGCUGAUUCCAAUUAGAAUUACACGUGGUACCAUGCGGUUGCCUACUUCGAUAUCAACACCAAUAAUCUUGAUAGGACCAGGUACUGGAAUAGCAGUCAUGCGAACAUUUUUGCAAGAACGAAUAUCCGAAGGAGCAACAGAGAAUUAUUUAAUUUUUGGUUGUAGAAAUCGCGAAAAAGAUUAUUAUUAUAAAGAGGAAUGGAAACAAUAUGUUGAUAAUAAUCAAUUGAAAAAAAUAUUUGUAGCAUUCUCUAGAGAUCAGGAUAAAAAAGUAUAUGUCCAAGAUAUUAUCAGAGAGAAUUCCCAAUUAUUUUGGGAGAUUGUGUAUGAACGUGAAGGAUAUAUUUAUCUGUCCGGGUAA